GGUGUCUGCAACGGGAAACCCAACGGGAAGCCCUGCACGGGGGUGAGGGACCACGCGCUGCUAUCCACCGCUGUAAGACCCCGUGGGGGGCUGCAGCUGAGUGGGGACACUCUUCUCCCUGCAGCCCCCAUGGCUGCAGCUGAGCUGACCCCAGUGGAGAUGGCCAUCGAGACCAUCGUCUCCGUGUUCGUCUCCCACGCGGGGAAGGAGGGUCGGAUGGGGACAUUGACAGCCACCGCGUUCCAGGAGCUGCUCCGGCUGCAGCUGCCCAACCUGAUGAAGGACGUCCCCUCCCUGGAGGAGCAGAUGCGGGCGCUGGAUGUGAGCACUGAGCAGGAGCUGACUUUUGAAGAGUUCUGGAAGCUGAUGGGCGAGUUGGUCCGGGCCCUGUGGAGGGAGAAAGAGGGGAGGAAGAAGUGAUGGGGAUGGGGAGGACGCUCAUGAAGCAAAAUAAACAAGUUUUCAUGGGCCUGGACGUCACUGCUGUUCUUUGUGGAGCCCCCCCAUGCAAGCAGCACUGUGGUCCAGCUGUGCCCCACACCAUGGAAUCACAGAACCAUUAAGGUUGGAAAAGACCUCUAAGAUCAUCCUAUCCAACCACCAACCUAUCACUGCCAUGCCCACCAGCCGUGUCCCUCAGUGCCACAUCCGCACGUCUCUUGAGCAGAUGGUGCCAUCUCCAAACUGUCUCCGUGCUGAUCUGGAUUGCGGGGUCCCACCUGCACCCCACGGACACAACGAGGGGGUCCCACAGAGCAGCAGAACGCACCCACGGCACUGCGGGGCUCAGCAGUGAUGUGGUGGCGGCUGUGGGCAGCAGCCACCUUCAGGCCACCUCUGCAGGGUCACCUGGGGAUGCAACCCACUGCAUGGUGCAUGGUACCGGGUGCUCAGUGCAUGGUAUCCAUUGCAUGGUGCAUGGUACUGGGUGCUCAGUGCAUGGUACCCAGUGCAUGGUGCAUGGUACCUGGUGCUCAGUGCAUGGUACCCAGUGCAUGGUGCAUGGUACCUGGUGCUCAGUGCAUGGUAUCCAGCGCAUGGUGCAUGGUGCAUGGCACCUGGUGCUCAUGGCAUGGAACCUGGUGCAUGGUGCAUGGUACCUGGUGCCCAAAGCAUGGUUUCCACUGCAUGGUGCAUGGUACCUGGUGCUCAGUGCACGGUGCCCAGUGCAUGGUAUCUCGUGCAUGGUGCAUGGUACCCGGUGCCCAAAGCAUGGUUUCCAUUGCAUGGUGCAUGGUACCUGGCACUCAGUGCAUGGUACCUGGUGCAUGGUGCCUCCUGUUCAGUGCAUGGUGCCUCCUGUUCAGUGCAUGGUGCCUGGUACCCGGUGCCCAUUCCCACGCAGCACUGCGUGGCCAUGCCGGAUGGGAAGCGCUCGGUGUGGCCGCGCAGGAGGCGUUUCCCAGCCCCACGCUGGCCGGGGGCCAGGCUCCCAAAUGAGGCUCCUUGCACCACACCGUGCAGGGAGCUCCCACUCACACCUCCCCGGUAUAAAACCCCGCAGCAGCGCAACGCGCGCACAGCCGGGACAGCCCUCGCAGCAGGGACGCUCCCACCCCCGGGACGUGUCCCGGCAGCUCGGCGCAUCCCAGGGCGUCUUCCUCGCCCCGACGCCGAAGGAGGGGAACGCUCCCCCGAAGCCAACGCUGAUCGCGGCUCUCUUCCCCCCCUCACCCCCUUCCGGCAGCACCCCAAGAUCCCCCCGAGCAGAGGGACUGCAGACCCCGCAGGAGCAGCAUGGGCCAGUGCAACUGCCGCAAGAAGCGCAAGG